AGUAUGAGAAUAAGGUCAAGAAAGCCUUGAAUGGGCUUCUGAAGGUAAUAACAAAAGGAAGAAAAAUGGAGACAGAGACCAUUUUAAGUCUUAGACACCAACUGAAGGAAGCAGAGAAUGAGCGAAGAAAGGCAGCACAAUAUGGCUUGCAUUUAUUGGAGUCCCAAAGUGAAGUUCAAAAUCAGUUGGAUCAAACACGCCGUGAAUUGACUGAGAACACUGAGAAAUUUGAACAAGAGAAAUACUCUCUUCAAAGAGAAAUUGAACUCAAGAAUCGAAUGUUGGAAAGCUUGAGUCUUGAAUGUGAUUCCCUUAAGCAACAGCAAAACAUGCAACUGGAUAAACAGAAAGAACAGCUUGCCAGAGUCUAUGGACAAGAAAUCGGUGACCUUAAAAACAAGUUGGAGAAUCUGAAAGCAGAACUAGAUGAAACCCGACUCUCAGAGAAACAACUGAGACACAAAGUGGAUCAUCAGAAGGAAAUAAUUGCUGCCAAAUCAGAAGAACUACAUAUGAUGUCUGAACGUGUACACGAGACCAUGUCUUCAGAAAUGCUCAGUCUUCAGAUAGAACUCACUGAACUAGAAAGUGUGAAGGCCAAUGUUGAAGAAAAGCUGAAUGAACUGCAGUACAGUAAAGAACAAUUAGAACUCAUGAACAGUAACUUACGUAAUCAGCUGGAGCGUCUGCAGGGGGAGAAAGAAGAGCGGGAAAAAGAAGUUGUGUCUUACUGUAAUGCAUUAGAG